UUACGUCGCAUUUUAUUGACGUCAUCAACACCGAGGUUCCAACUGGAGCCGCUCUGUUUGUCGCUGCACGUGUAAAAUCCAAACUAUCCGCCAUGGCGGGCUCGUUCUCUCAGCAGCUGGAGGAGCUUCUGAAUCCGUUACCGAAGUUCGCGGAUCCGGAGGAUGACGCCGAGGAGGCGACCAAAGCGCGCGUGGUCGACAGGUUCAGCGAGGAAGAGCAGGAUGACCUCGGCGUGGGAGCCAUGAUCAGUGCCCUCCGCAAACAGAGCUCCUCUCUGCUCCUGGAAACAGACAAGAGGUAUGCAGGGAGGCCGGUGUCGCGUAAGCAGCUGCUGAUGGGAGCUGGAGAGGAGGAGGAGGAGGAGGAGGAGGAGGAGGAUGAUGAAGGUGAUGAUGAUGGGAUGGAGGAGGAAGAUGACUUAGAAGAGGAAGAGGGUUCUGCAGAGGAGGAUGAUGAUUCUGAAGAUGGCUUAAAGCAGCAGCUGGAUGAUGAUGAUGAUGAUGAUGAAGAGGAGGAGGAAGACCUGGGAGAAGAUGCCAAACUAGCAUCACAGGUUAAGGACUCUGACGCCACUUUUACUGAAGAAGUGGACUUUUACAAGAUGACUGAGGGCAUGGAUGACCUGGGGAUGAGCGAGGAUGAUGAAGACGAAGGCAGUGAUGAGGAUGAAGGCUCUGAGGAUGAGGAUAUGGAGGAUGAAGACGCUGUCCGCACGUUUUCUAAAGACCAGGUGGACGAGGAGGUGGAGAAAGGCCUGGCGGUGAAAAACCAGCUGGCCCUGUGGGACCAGCUCCUGGAGGGCCGCAUCAAAAUCCAGAAGGCGCUGGUGACGGCCAACCAGCUGCCGCAGCCGCCGGCCUUCCCAGAAUUCAAGAGGAGGGGUGGAGCCGAGUACGCCGACGCUCUGAAGAACGCCCACAAGGCUCUGAAAGCGCUCCAGAGGUCGCUGCUGGAGCUGCACGACCAGCUGCUGUUCCAGAGUCCGGAGACGCGCCGCAUCGCCGCCGGGAGCGAGGAGGAAGAGGAGAUAAACAGUGACGAGGAUGAUGAAGAACAUGAGAGGUCGGCACGGGAAGCUGCAGCGCCAAAAAGAAAGCUGGACAUGGCGGAGUACCCCGACUUCAUGGCCAAACGCUUUGCAGCUUUCGAGCCUUACCGUAACGCCACGCUGCAGAAGUGGCACGACAAAACCCGCUUGGCGACGGGCAAAAGCAGCAAAGGUUUCGGAGCGUUCGAAAGGAGCGUCCUGACCCAGGUGGAGCAGGUGCUGAUGGACAAAGAGCGGCUGCUGCGCCGCACCCAGACCAGGCGCUCAGAGUACCGAGUCCUGGGCAAGAGAGAGUCGUCAGCCGUGAUCCCCGAUGGCGUCCCGGCGGAGGGAGAGGGCGCCGAGCUUCACCUGAAGGCCAACACUCACCUGAAAGACCUGGACGAGGACAUCUUUGACGACGACGACUUCUACCACCAGCUGCUGAGGGAGCUCAUCGAGCGCAGGACCAGCGUGGCCGACCCCAACGACCAGGUGGCCAUGGGCCGGCAGUGGCUGGCCAUCCAGAAGCUGCGCAGCAAGAUCAAGAAGAAGGUGGACACCAAAGCCAGCAAAGGCCGCAAAGUGCGCUUCCAUGUCCACAGCAAGCUGGUGAACUUCAUGGCGCCCGUGGACCACAGCUCCAUGAGUGACGAGGCGCGCAGCGAGCUGUACCACGGCCUGUUUGGCCAGAACGCCUCAGCCAGAGAAUAAAGACCCGCUGGAAGUUUUCAGGACGGUUCUAUAGAGGUUCUCUCUGAUUGGUUAGAGCUGCAGCUGGAAAUAAAAAUGGCUUCCUUCUGAUGGGAAACAUCAUCUCUGUUCGCCAAAUAAAUGUUCCACAGCUCAGAACUUUGCUCAGUCGUUUUAAACUGUUUUAAGAACCAGAUUAAAUUUUUCUACAGAUUCUUUGAUUUAUAAAAGAAAUUCCUCUAUUUCCAUUAGCAGAUUUCUCUCUAUAGUUUGAUAAAAGUCUAACCUCUCAGCUGGGAAACACCGGGUCUGUAUGGAGCUAAAUUUAGGCCCAGAUUUUG